AUGCUGAUUGGUCAGCUGUAAGUGAUUGACAUAUAAGAUUAGGUCACGAGACAUUAGAUUAGAUUAGGAGACGCUAAGCCAGAGAGCAAGCAUAUACAUGUAUAACAUAGCAGAGUAAAUAUAUGUUAUAAAAGUUGAAUAACGGAGGAUAUAAAAGCAAUCAAGUAGAAAUAAUUUAUUCGAGUGGUCGCAAUUAAAAAGAAAAAGGCGAAAUAUUUCGCAUUUCGCUGACAAAAAGGGCUCGUGGAAUCAGGCCUUAACGCCUGUUCAACGCGCGCAAAAACGUAAACAACUCUGAUGCAAUCAUAGACAGUUUCGAUAGAGGUAGAGUUCCAGUUAUAUUUAUUUCAGUGUAUCACCCAGAGUUGAUAGCUUCAAUAACAAAGUGUAAACGCGCAGCGAAAUUAGUACCCUUUCCACGGAUUUAUGGUAUAUUUAGACUCGUUACUUAUCAUAUUUGUCAAUUGAUUAUAAAGAUACGAUGCUGUCUUUCCAAUCCCUCCUAUCCAUGACGACCACUGGCAUCACGUGUGUACUACUUGGAACAGUACUAAUGGCCACGUGAACAUUUUCGUUGAUGGUGCGCUGCGGACAUACCCAGGAAAAUCUUAUUUUAAAGGAGUAAAAGUGAUCCCAAAUGGAACAUUUACAAUUGGAUACCAUAGAAUUGACGAAAGUGAAUUUGGGUACUCCGGAAAGAUAAGUCAGCUCAACGUUUGGAAUCACGUGUUGCCUAGCAACAAAAUACAAGCGAUAGCGAAGAAUUGUACAAUGGACCAUUCAACAGGCGGAAACGUUCUAAAAUGGGGACUAAGUUUUGCGCCCACAGAACAAGACACUGCUGAACCAAGAGCCUGCAGCCAACGAGGUAGGAACAAUGGCAUGAUGACAAUUUUUAAAAAAAUGCUAUCAGGACAGUAUCAGAAACAGUAUCAGUUUCUGUAACAGAAACUGUAACAAUCACACUUACACGCACAGUGGUACAACAGGGUAUCAGUAAGGGGUUUUUUCAUUCUAACACGAUAGGUAUAACAACAGCAUAAGUGAAACAGGAACAGGAAUAACGAUAACAAGAAUAGCAAUAGCAACAGUAACAACAGUAACAGUAUUAUAUUAACAUUAAUAGCAACAACAACAGAAACUGUGACAACGAGAGUAACAGCGUCUGCAACACUAACAGCAACAAUAACAGUCAUGGUAACAUUAACACUAACAACGUAUUACAAACAUUAACAACAGCAUUUAAUAGUUCGCUAAAUUAUGCUUAGAUCUCUCUAAAAGUAUAAACCACGGUAAUUCAGUCCCAUGUACCCCAGAGAUAAAUCUGACUGUGCUAUUUAAUAAAAAAUUUUAUUAUUUGUUCCGUAAAAUCCCGUACAAUCCUUGAAAAUUAAUUUUUCUUAAUUUAACAGACCAAAUGGAAAGUGAUUACGACUUGAAUUUUCCCGGUCAAGGUACGAAACCUUAUGCUUCACUCAUGCUCAAGCAAUCACUUACUAAAUGUACGAUAAGCUGGUGGCUUAAAACAACAUGGAUUCCAACGACAGAUACACCGGUAAUCACAAUUUUAUCUGCUUAUCACUCUACUGAACGAGAUACUCUAUUCGUCGGUAUCAGAAGCACGUCCACAAUACAUUUUGAACAAAGUGGUGGAGAAAAAAG